AUGAUUGAAGAGGGUCGUGAGGUUCCAAUACCGCCUUUGUCUAGUGUGGAUAAUAUUGUUGAAGACAGUAGGGUUCUGAGAAAUGGGCGCGUUGUUCCCAUAGUGUUCCCAAAGAAGAUUGGUGCUACAGUAAACAAGGAGGUUCGGACUAAAGAUGCUAGUAUCGCCAAAGAAGUGGAUCAACCCAAUGGGGCUGGUACAAAUGCAGAGUUUGAUGAGAUUCUCAAAUUAAUAAAAAAGAGCGAGUACAAGGUUGUUGACCAACUGAUGCAGACUCCAUCCAAAAUAUCCAUAAUGUCUUUAUUACUAAAUUCUGAGGCCCAUAAAGAUGCAUUAAUGAAGGUCUUAGAACAAGCUUUUGUGGAUUAUGAUGUAACGGUGGGUCAGUGUGGCGGAAUAGUAGGGAACAUCACUGCAUGCAACAACUUGAGUUUCAGUGAUGAAGAGCUCCCAGCAGAAGGAAGGAACCAUAAUCGGGCGCUGCAUAUAUCUGUGAACUGUAAAACCGAUGCUUUGUCAAAUGUGCUGGUGGAUACUGGAUCAUCUUUGAAUGUGUUGUCCAAAACAACUUAUGCCCAACUCGCUUACCAAGACGCACCUUUGAGACGAAGUGGGGUAAUGGUGAAAGCUUUUGAUGGCUCGAGGAAGGAUGUCCUUGGAGAGGUGGUUCUACCUAUCACAGUUGGGCCACAAGUUUUCCAAGUUAAUUUUCAAGUCAUGGACAUUCAAGCUUCGUAUAGUUGCCUACUGGGUCGACCCUGGAUUCACGAGGCAGGGGCUGUCACAUCCACGCUGCAUCAAAAGCUGAAGUUUGUGAAGAAUGGGAAGCUAGUAACUGUAAACGGUGAAGAGGCCUUAUUAGUGAGUCAUUUGUCAUCUUUCUCUUUCAUUGGGGCAGACGAUGUCGAAGGGACACCUUUUCAAGGGUUUACUAUAGAAGAUAAGAAUACCAAGAGGAAUGAAGCCUCUAUCUCGUCUCUGAGAGAUGCUCAGAAGGUCAUACAAGCAGGGGGGUCCACAAGCUGGGGAAAGCUGAUAGAGCUUCCAGAAAACAAGCACCGAGAAGGUUUGGGUUUCUUCCCAUCUACUAGUUUGUCCACAGCAAAGAAAGGCACUUUCCACAGUUCGGGCUUUAUCCAUGCAAUCAUUGAAGAUGAUCCUGAAAGUGUGCCACGAGGUUUUAUAACGCCAGGAGUAUCCAGCCGCAAUUGGGUUGCCGUAGAUGUUCCUUUUGUUGCUCACUUGUCCAAAUUAGAAAUCGACGAACCCGUUGAACAACAUAACCCUAUGAUCUCUCCCAACUUUGAGUUCCCUGUGUAUGAGGCGGAGGAAGAAGAGAAUCAAGAGAUCCCUGACGAAAUCUCUCGACUACUCGAACAGGAGAGGAAGACCAUUCAGCCUUAUGGGGACGAGCUAGAAGUGAUUAACUUGGGCACCAAAGAAGACAAGAAAGAAAUCAAGGUUGGGGCAUCGCUCGAAACAAGUGUUAAACAGCAAGUGAUAGAGCUCCUCAAAGAAUAUGUUGAUGUGUUUGCCUGGUCCUACCAAGAUAUGCCGGGUCUAGACACUGAUAUUGUGGUGCAUCACCUACCUUUGAAACCUGAGUGUCCGCCAGUCAAACAAAAGUUGAGAAGAACACGCCCUGACAUGGCUCUCAAAAUCAAAGAAGAGGUACAGAAACAGAUCGACGCUGGUUUCCUCAUCACAUCAAAUUACCCCCAAUGGUUAGCUAACAUAGUGCCUGUUCCAAAGAAAGAUGGUAAGGUCAGAAUGUGUGUUGACUACCGUGAUUUAAACAAAGCUAGCCCGAAAGACGACUUUCCUUUACCUCAUAUUGACGUGUUGGUUGACAGUACUGCAAAGUCUAAAGUCUUCUCAUUCAUGGAUGGAUUUUCCGGUUAUAAUCAAAUCAAGAUGGCACCCGAAGAUAGAGAGAAAACAUCAUUUAUUACACCUUGGGGCACUUUUUGUUACAAAGUAAUGCCGUUCGGUUUAAUCAAUGCAGGAGCUACUUAUCAGAGGGGUAUGACUACUCUUUUCCAUGAUAUGAUACAUAAAGAGAUUGAGGUCUAUGUGGAUGAUAUGAUAGUCAAGUCGAUUACUGAAGAAGACCAUGUCAAGUAUCUACAGAAGAUGUUCCAGCGCCUGAGGAAGUACAAACUUCGUCUAAAUCCCAACAAAUGCACUUUUGGUGUCAGAUCCGGAAAGCUUCUAGGCUUCAUUGUCAGCCAGAAAGGCAUCGAAGUAGAUCCUGACAAAGUCAAAGCCAUCAGAGAGAUGCCUGCUCCGAGAACAGAAAAAGAAGUAAGGGGUUUUCUUGGACGACUAAAUUACAUCUCCCGGUUCAUUUCUCAUAUGACUGCAACUUGUGGGCCGAUAUUCAAACUACUCCGCAAAGAACAAGGUAUUGUGUGGACCGAAGAUUGCCGGAAGGCUUUUGACAGCAUAAAGAAGUACUUGCUAGAACCACCGAUUCUCAUCCCUCCAGUUGAAGGAAGACCUUUGAUCAUGUACCUAACAGUGCUAGAAAAUUCCAUGGGUUGUGUGCUCGGACAACAAGAUGAAACCGGAAGAAAAGAGCACGCCAUUUAUUAUUUAAGCAAGAAGUUUACUGAAUGUGAAUCUCGCUACUCCAUGCUCGAGAAGACAUGUUGUGCUCUAGCCUGGGCUGCCAAACGCCUCCGUCAUUAUAUGAUUAAUCACGCUACUUGGCUGGUAUCUAAAAUGGAUCCAAUCAAGUAUAUAUUUGAGAAGCCCGCUUUGACAGGAAGGAUUGCACGGUGGCAGAUGCUACUAUCUGAAUAUGAUAUCGAGUACCGUUCCCGGAAGGCAAUUAAAGGCAGUAUUCUUGCUGAUCACUUAGCUCACCAACCACUUGAAGACUAUCGACCUAUCAAGUUUGACUUUCCUGACGAAGAGAUUAUGUAUCUAAAGAUGAAAGAUUGUGACGAGCCACUAUUCGGAGAAGGUCCUGAUCCAGAUUCAGUAUGGGGUUUGAUAUUUGAUGGGGCUGUCAAUGUAUACGGCAACGGCAUAGGGGCAGUACUCCUUACUCCUAAGGGUGCUCACAUCCCUUUCACAGCAAGACUCCGGUUUGACUGCACGAACAACAUCGCUGAAUAUGAAGCCUGCAUCAUGGGUAUUGAAGAAGCCAUUGAUCUAAGAAUCAAGAACAUCGAAAUAUAUGGAGAUUCAGCUCUUGUAAUCAACCAGAUCAAAGGAAAAUGGGAAACUCUUCACGCAGGACUAAUACCUUAUCGAGACUAUGCAAGACGUUUAUUGACCUUCUUCAACAAAGUGGAAUUACAUCAUAUCCCUCGGGAUGAGAAUCAGAUGGCCGAUGCCUUAGCUACUUUGUCUUCAAUGAUCAAGGUGAAUCAUCGCAAUGACGUGCCACUAAUCAGUGUCAAAUUCCUUGAUAGACCCGCUUAUGUGUUUGCCGCUGAAGCAGUUUUCGACGAUAAACCUUGGUUUCAUGAUAUUAAGGUUUUUCUCCAAACUCGAGAGUAUCCUCCUGGAGCAUCCAACAAAGAUAAGAAGACUCUCAGAAGAUUAUCUAGUAAUUUCUUCCUGAAUGGGGAUAUCUUGUACAAAAGAAACUUUGACACAGUCUUGCUCAGAUGUGUAGACAAAUAUGAAGCUGAUUUAUUGAUACAUGAAAUACACGAAGGAUCCUUCGAAAUUCAUCCUAAUGGGCACACAAUGGCUAAAAAGAUAUUGCGAGCAGGCUACUACUGGAUGACAAUGGAAUCAGAUUGCUACAAGCAUACCAGAAAGUGUCACAAGUGUCAGAUAUACGCCGACAAGAUUCAUGUGCCGCCAACUACGCUCAAUUUACUUUCCUCUCCGUGGCCUUUCUCUAUGUGGGGCAUUGACAUGAUCGGAAGGAUUGAGCCCAAAGCUUCAAAUGGACACCGUUUCAUCCUAGUGGCUAUUGACUACUUCACUAAGUGGGUUGAGGCUGCAUCGUACGCUAAUGCGACCAAGCAAGUGGUGGUCAAAUUUAUCAAGAAUCAUAUCAUUUGUCGUUAUGGCAUCCCCAACCGGAUCAUCACCGACAACGGAACAAAUCUAAACAACAAGAUGAUGAAAGAAUUGUGUGAUGAUUUCAAGAUCGAGCACCAUAACUCUUCACCUUACAGACCUCAAAUGAAUGGUGCUGUCGAAGCUGCAAAUAAGAAUAUAAAGAGGAUUGUCCAGAAGAUGGUGGUGACUUACAAAGAUUGGCAUGAAAUGCUUCCCUUUGCAUUACAUGGAUAUCGUACUUCUGUACGCACAUCAACAGGGGCAACUCCUUUCUCCCUGGUAUAUGGCAUGGAGGCAGUACUUCCUGUAGAAGUCGAAAUUCCAUCAUUGAGAGUCCUAAUGGAGGCUGACUUAUCAGAAGCUGAAUGGGUUCAGAAUAGAUACGACCAGUUGAAUCUAAUCGAAGAAAAGCGCAUGACAGCCCUAUGUCACGGACAAUUAUAUCAAAAAAGGAUGAAACAGGCCUUUGACAAGAAAGUUCGUCCCCGUGAGUUUAAAGAAGGUGAUCUUGUGCUCAAAAAGAUUUUCUCUUUCCAACCAGACUCCCGAGGCAAGUGGGCUCCUAAUUAUGAAGGUCCGUAUGUUGUUAAAAAAGCCUUCUCAGGUGGUGCCAUGACUCUACAAACCAUGGACGGUGAAGAACUUCCACGACCUGUGAACACGGAUGCAGUCAAGAAAUACUUUGUCUAAAAA